UCCCUUUCAGCUGUCUUGUCUUCCACAAAAUGGUGCCGUGACCAGGAUUGCAUCGAACGGAUCGAACAUUGACAGGGAAGAUUGCAGCGAGAAACACUUGGAGCAAAGUCGACCGACAUGGAAAAGCCCCAACUGUUAAAGAAGCGCAAAGUACUGCGAACACAGGCUUCAAGCAUGAGGGCAAGCACGCUCUAUGCUGCCCUAUUGUUGGGUGUCGUCAGCACCGCUCUCGCCGGGUAUCAUCACCAGCCGUGGAAACCCGAUGAGAUUGUCAAGCUAGUCCACAAGAUUGUUCCCGUCCCGCACCCAGUCCCAGUACCCAAACCAUUCCCAGUACCCAAGGUGAUUGCAGUUCCCCAUGUGGUACAUGUGCCACACGCCGUCCCCGUCCCAGUUAAGGUGCCAGUCUACAAGAAGAUUCCCAAGUUCGUUCCCGUACACAAGAUCAUCCCUAUCCCAAAACCGGUCCCAGUCCCACACUACGUUAGCGUUGGAGUGCCGGUCCCAGUCAUCAAGCACCAGCCAGUACCAGUUUACAAGUCGGUACCCGUACCCAAGGUCGUCCCAGUACCUGUCCCAGUGAAGGUACCAAAAUACGUCCCAGUCCCAGUGCACAAGGUCAUCCACGUGCCCAAGCCCGUGGCUGUUCCAGUCAAGGUGCCAGUCUUCAAAGAAAUCAUCGUCAAGAAGCCAGUUGAAGUGCCUGUACCAGUCUACAUCAAGAAGCACGUCGUCCACAGCUACGGCGGACACGGUGGCGGACACGGUGGAGGUUUCGGUGGUGGAGGCUUCGGUGGUGGAGGCUUCGGUGGUGGCGGACACGGUGGAGGCUUCGGUGGUGGUGGAUUCGGUGGCGGUUUCGGCGGUGGCCACGGCGGAGGCUAUGGCGGCGGAGGCGGCGGCGGCCACGGCGGUUGGUGGUGAAGUGGUCACCUCGUCCAUGUGCCACACAAAGAGAAGACACCGUUCGCGAACCUAGGCACUCCUACUCUAUCAGAUUGGUAAGAGGUGAAGGAGGUCGGCCGAUCCAUCCUCGCCUUGUGGGUCCGGCCACAUCGGCCCGACCCCAUUGUGGACACAGACCUCGCCUGCAGAACAACUCCUCCAAUCGCCGCUUUUGUAUUAUAAGUAUUCCAAUUGUUCCUGUUCUCGAUUUGUCUCCGCCCAUCGCUGUCCAUAUCGCAUACUGCACACUAUUUGACCUAGGUUUCUGUAAAAAGUAUCUGUCCUCUUUAUUUUGUCUGGCUACUUCCUAGUACCUAUCCUUGUAAUUAUAUUAUUAUAUUUGCCUAUCUCUCACUUCUGUUUACGGUGCAAAUCUGGAAUAGGGGAAGAAAAACAAAAAGCACUGCCAAAAAAAUAGGAACUUGAAAAAAAUGAAAACGACGCUUCACUCAUUCCUGUGUAACUUGUGUAUAUAUGUAAUUCAUUUUUUAUGGCUGU